AUGGCGGAUCAAGAAAGAAAUACAGUGACCGCCGAUGAUGCAAUGUCUUCGUCUUCAUCGUCUUCUUCUUCGUCGGACUACAAUCUAUAUCUCCCAAUCAAAAUCAUCUUCGACAUUCUGAAUCGUCUCCCAGUCAAAUCUCUCCUUCGAUUCAGGUGCGUAUGUAAAACCUUCCGCCACGUCAUCUCUAACCCUACCUUCAUCUCCUCCCACCUCCUCCACCACCACACCAACACCAUCGCCGCCACCAUUUUCACCUUCAAACACCGCUCCUCCUCCAUUCUCUCUAUGUUACAAUCAUCCUCAUCGUCUCAAAACCCUACCAUUCUGGUCCACGCCUUUCCCAACCACACUCGCGAUCUACACCUAAUCGGCUCCAUCAAUGGCCUCCUCUGUCUCUCACGAACCCUUCAUUUCCAUCAAUGCAUCCUCCUCCUCCUCUGGAACCCCGCUACCAAACUCUUCAAAUCUGUCCCCCUUCCCACCAUCCAAAUUUCUCUUAGGUUUCUUCAACUCUCUCUCGGGUUCGGAUUCCGAUUCCAUUAUACUACUUCUUCUAGUGACUACAAGGUUGUCAGGAUAGUUUCUUUCAAGUCACAUACCCAAGUCGAGGUCUACUCUUCAAUUUCUGAUUGUUGGAGAGAGAUUCAAGUUAUGGAUUUGCGCUUUUAUAUCCAUAAAUUGUCUUGUGAGGUGAUUGUCAAUGGAGCUCCCUAUUGGUUUCUCUCAACUACUUCAAAUCAUUGUCUUUGCUUCACAUGGUUUGAUGUUCAAAAUGACGCUUUUGUCAUGUUGCCGGGGCUCGAUUUUUCUGGGUCCUACAACGGGACUUCUGUCUACUACAAAUUAAUGGAUUGGAAAGAUAAUGUUGUUGUGGUUGUGUGUUGUCCUGGCAACCCAUGUGUUGAUGUGUGGAUGCUAGAGGAUCGUUGUGGCGGUGAGAGCAAUUGGUGUAAGAAAUUUGUGAUUAGACCGAUUUUGGGUGUUGAACGAUUUGGGUUGUUGCAAUGCACGAAGAAUGGUGAGAUUAUAGCAGAAGAUGCACGGGAAAGGAUAUUCUUGCACAAUCCCCGAAAUGGAGAGACUAAGUAUAUUCCUAUCAGUGGAGUUGAGUUCAAAGCUUUUCACUAUGUAGAGAGUUUGGUUUCAAUCAAAGGAUUCAAACAACAAGAACUGAACAAUCAGCACUGA